CGCCCGAGCUGCCGAGCCGUUCCCGCCCUCGCCCCGCGCCCAGGUAGCUGCGAGGAAACUUUUGCCGCGGCUGGGUAGCGGCACGUCUCCCGCUCCUCAGGGCCGCCGCCAGCCUUGCCGAGUCUCGGGACUGCUCCCGCUCCCGCUGCCACUCUCCCGCGCUCUCCUCGCUGCCCGCGAAGCAGGAUGGCGGGGACCGUGCGCACCGCGUGCUUGGUGGUGGCGAUGCUGCUCGGCUUGGACUGCCCGGGACAGGCGCAGCCCCCGCCGCCGCCGCCGGACGCCACCUGUCACCAGGUCCGCUCCUUCUUCCAGAGACUGCAGCCCGGACUCAAGUGGGUGCCCGAAACCCCCGUGCCAGGAUCAGAUUUGCAAGUAUGUCUCCCCAAGGGCCCAACAUGCUGCUCCAGAAAGAUGGAAGAAAAGUACCAGCUAACGGCGCGCUUGAACAUGGAGCAGCUGCUUCAGUCUGCGAGUAUGGAGCUCAAGUUCUUAAUUAUUCAGAACGCUGCGGUUUUCCAAGAGGCCUUUGAAAUUGUUGUUCGCCAUGCCAAGAAUUACACCAACGCCAUGUUUAAGAACAACUAUCCGAGCCUGACCCCACAAGCUUUUGAGUUUGUGGGCGAAUUUUUCACCGACGUGUCUCUCUAUAUCCUGGGUUCUGACAUCAAUGUGGAUGACAUGGUCAAUGAUUUGUUUGACAGCCUGUUUCCAGUCAUCUAUACUCAGCUUAUGAGCCCUGGCCUGCCUGAGUCGACCUUGGACAUCAAUGAGUGCCUCCGAGGGGCAAGGCGUGACCUGAAAGUCUUUGGGAAUUUCCCCAAGCUUAUUAUGACCCAGGUUUCCAAGUCGCUGCAGGUCACCAGGAUCUUCCUCCAGGCCCUGAAUCUCGGAAUUGAGGUGAUCAACACAACCGAUCACCUCAAGUUCAGUAAAGACUGUGGCCGAAUGCUCACCAGAAUGUGGUACUGCUCUUACUGCCAGGGACUGAUGAUGGUUAAGCCUUGUGGUGGCUACUGCAAUGUGGUCAUGCAAGGCUGUAUGGCAGGCGUGGUGGAGAUCGACAAGUACUGGAGAGAGUACAUUCUGUCUCUGGAAGAACUGGUGAAUGGCAUGUACAGGAUCUACGACAUGGAGAAUGUGCUACUUGGUCUCUUUUCGACGAUCCAUGAUUCCAUCCAGUAUGUCCAGAAGAAUGGAGGAAAGCUGACCACCACUAUUGGCAAGUUAUGUGCCCAUUCUCAACAGCGCCAAUAUAGAUCUGCUUAUUAUCCUGAAGAUCUGUUUAUUGACAAGAAGGUAUUAAAAGUUGCUCAUGUAGAACAUGAAGAAACCUUAUCCAGCCGAAGAAGGGAACUAAUUCAGAAGUUGAAAUCUUUCAUCAGCUUCUAUAGUGCUUUGCCUGGCUACGUCUGCAGCCACAGCCCUGUGGCUGAAAACGACACUCUUUGCUGGAAUGGACAAGAACUCGUGGAGAGGUACAGCCAGAAGGCGGCACGGAAUGGCAUGAAAAAUCAGUUCAACCUCCACGAGCUGAAAAUGAAGGGCCCCGAGCCAGUGGUCAGUCAAAUCAUUGACAAACUGAAGCACAUUAACCAGCUCCUGAGAACCAUGUCUGUGCCCAAAGGUAGAGUUCUGGAUAAAAACCUUGACGAGGAAGGGCUCGAAAGUGGCGACUGUGGCGACGAUGAAGACGAGUGCAUCGGGGGCUCAGGGGAUGGCACCACGAAAGUGAGGAACCAGCUCCGCUUCCUUGCAGAACUGGCUUACGAUCUGGAUGUGGAUGACGCGCCUGGAAACAAGCAGCACGCGAAUCAAAAGGACAAUGAGAUAGUGGCCUCUCACAACCUCGGGAGCGGCCAUUUCCCCCUGAAGGUUCUAACCAGCUUGGCGAUCUAUGUGGCGUGUUUUUUCUUCCUGGUGCACUGACUUCCUAGUGCACAGCACACGUGCUGCCCCUCAGCACCCUGGGGUCCUCCCCUAGAAGGGGACCUACCUUCUUCUUUUUUUCUAUUUUUUUUAUCUUGUAUACCUCCUCCAGCCAUUAAGUAGAAGACUAACCACGUGUUAUGUUUUCGAAAAUCAAAUGGCGUCUUUGAGGAAGGUAAAUUUUAGUGGUAGUGUAGAUUGUCUUUUUGCAAAGAAAAAAAAAAAACACUCAAGUUGUGCCAAAUUAUUUUCCUAUGUUUGGCUGCUAGAACAUGGUUACCAUGUCUUUCUCUCUCUUGGUCUCUCUCUUUCUCUUUCCCUUUGCAUGGAUUUCUUUGAAAAAAAAAAAAAUAAA